CUAGCCCACUAAGCCCAAGUGGCCCAAAACCAAAUAAUCUUGAUUCUUUGAUUAAACCUAAGUACCUGAUAUUUUUUUUCCCCGGAUCAGCGACCAACCGACCCAGCGGCCAGCGUCUUCCUCUGCGAUUUUCCGGCGACGAGCGGGCAGCGACCAGCGUCUUCCUCAGCGAGUCUGCGGCUUCAGCUCAGCGCCUCAUCUUCUACAUUCUUCAGCGCAUCACCUCAAUCCUUAGCAUCAUCAUCUACUCUCUUCUUUGAUUUUAGGGUUUUGGGUAAUUUGCUGCAGCACUCUCCACCCGAUCGAAAAUGUCGAAGAAGAACAAUUUGGCUCUCCGCAGAAAGCAACACGAAUUCGAUCUCCAAAGAGAGAAGCAAGCGAAGGAACAGAAGGAGAAGAAGCUACAAGCCAAGAAGGACAAGAUGAAAGUGGAUGGAAAGAGCAAGAAGAAAGGCGGCAGUAAAUUCAAAGUUGGGAAGAAGAAAUUGAAGACGAAAUUGACGCCAUUGGCAAAAGCCAAAGCUGCACAAGCUAUGGAGGUUGACAAUUAGGAGCACUUGUAAAAUGGUAUGAUCAUAUUUACAAUGUUUGGAGCAAUACUCAACUAAGUUGUUAAUGAACUUAAUGGGAAGAUUAAUGUUGAAUUUUUCUUCAAUCUCCAUCUGUGUUUAUCUGGUUAAAUUUCCAUUUUUUGUCUAUUUCCAACGGAGCUCAAAGGCUCAUUAUUGUCAAUGUUUUAGUUCAAACACACAAUCAACUAAGAGGGUGUUU